AUGUAUAAAAUCACAGGUCUCCAAGGCAUGCAGUAUCCCCGUGAGGGUGACGCAUUUCAAGCGAAGGAUUAUGCCUUUUUCAACCAGCAAUACGCAUCCUCGUCCUAUCAGCAAGCACACGACAUGAACCCAGCCCUUAUCGUCCAACCCAAAGACGACGAUGACAUCGUCAGAGCUGUCAAGUGGGCCCGAGAGCAGAAUGUAGCUGUCGCCGUCAAGAGUGGAGGACAUCAGUACAGCGGCGCUUCCUCCACCGGUGGAAAAAAUAUCCAGAUCGACCUGACCAACACUUACAAGGACAUGAAAGUUUUGCCUUCCCAGACUUCUAACGCGGACACGGAAUUGGUCUUUGUAGGAGUCAGUAACCAGCUCCAAGACUUCAAUGCUUACCUCAAACACAACGGGCUCUUUGUUCCACAUGGACAAUGUGCUUACGUCUGCGUUGGAGGCCACGGCCAGACUGGUGGAUACGGUCAGCUUGGCCGCAGCUUUGGCUUGUUCGGUGACCACAUUGUGAGCAUUCGCAUGAUUGAUUACAAUGGCGACAUCAAAGAAGUCACCGAAGAAAGCGACUCGGAACUCUUCAACGCCAUCCGUGGCGGCAGCCCUGGAAACUUUGGCAUCAUCACUCAUUAUGUAGUCAAGGUUUACCAGGCCGAGAGCUUUGUUGGACAAGUCGCAGGACCUAAUGGCAUCAAAGGACCUUAUGGUCUGAAAGGCCUCUGGCUCUACGACGGCUCGAUCAUGAAGAAACUGCUCACCAUCCUCGCCAAAAUGUCGGACAACCCAGAUCUUCCAGGAAACUUUGAUCUGUGCAUCAGUGUUCUCAGCACCGAAUUCCCAGUCACCAUGCUCUUCCCCUCGAUGAAGGAUGAUUCACUCUGGCAAAAGGUCCAGCAAAGGAUCAAGUCAGUGGUUGCAUCAGAAGUCCUGGAUUUUCUCAAUGGCUCUUUCCCAGCUAUCAUUGUGGUUUAUGCUCAAUGGUGUCCGACAUCCAAGAAUGACAGAUAUGACCAAGCUGCCGACGAUUGGUUCAAGCAAUUCUGGGAUCUCCGCAAGGAUCACUACUAUCUCCACAUCGAUGACUUUGGCCGCGAUUCGCCAGUGGACAUGGCGACAAUGACGGGCAAAUGGAUCUUCNCCAAGAAGAGAGAAUUCGAUCUUCCAUAUGUGAAGCGUACUUGGGCAACCAACUCCAGAGCACUCUCCACCGACGGCUGGGUAGACGAUGUAGUGAAACGACUAGAUCUAGUACUCGACCCACAACAAAAGCUCAGCGACGACAGACAAGACUGGGAAAAGGAUAUCUACGAUCACUGCAAACUCUCAGUCCAAAUCCAAGCGUUUGGAGGAGCAAACUCAAAGUACUUUACCAAUAGAAACAACGGCGCUGCCUACAGUUGGAGAGACUCUACUGUCGUCCAAGUCAUCGAUUGCUUCCAUGAUGAGAAUGGAAGGAAAUUCGCAGACGACUGGCAGCAACAUAAUGAUGCAGUCAUGGUUGGACCUGAUGCCAAUUUUAGCACGCAAGAUAAGCGUAUGUUGUGGGGUUCACAUGGUGACUGGGAUAUGUCCAAGCCAGAGGUUUGGAAGACUUACUAUGAAGAUGAAGACAAGUAUCAAAGAAUUGGAAGGAUCAGAGGGAAGCAUGAUCCUGAUGGCACGUUCACUGCCAAUCCUUUCGCGGUUGAGGCUAUCAAGGCUGUUGAGUCGUAG